AUGACAUCCCAAAGGAUCGAGUUAAAUCACAGGGAGAGGCUGCGACAGCUGUUCUCUGACACAGGGUUGGAAUGCAUCAGGUCACCAAUUGCGUCUGAGGAAUCGGAGUCUGUUACGGCAGAGGUUGAGGAAAUUGGUCCAAUCAUAGUAGAAGAAGAACAGAUCCACGAAGCGGAAGUAGAAGUGGAUAUAAACACGCAAACACAAGAAGAGAUCGUUGAAGAGGAGCCAGAGAUAUUCCCAACACCGUCCUUACGGAGGGUACUUCCGGAUAGAUUGAGAAAAAUAGAAGAACAUAAUAGAAUCCACGUUCUUCCACAUGAGUUUAGGACAGAUGUCGAUCCGGCUGCCAUUCCAAAAAUAGCAUAUACCGCUCCGCAGAAGUAUAUUGAAAUUUUGGGGGAAAUAACCGGCUGUAACCAGUAUAAGGGGUGUCUGGCGGAGUUCUGGUUCCUGGACACACUGGCCAAUUUGUUGAGGCGUGCGCAGGAUGACGAAAUGAAUAGACCAUCUCAGGCGGUUCUGAUACUCUGGUUUUGCGAAUGGAUGAAGGAAAUGCAACAGUUCGACGCAGCAGACCGACAGCGGAUGCUGAGAAGGUUUAAGGAUAACAUGCUAUCAGCGGCCAGGUUUAUAGCUGAAGAGGACCACCUCCCGACCCCCUCAGACGCGGGGGUGUUCUACAAAGCCCAAGAACCUGUAUCAGCAGAUAGUUCCAGAACUUCGCCGGUGUCCAAACACCUGGUCACGUUUGAAGGCGCUGCUUAUGAAUGCUCUUUGAAGGAUUUGAGCAAUAUUAUACAUUAUAUAUACGAUCUGUUUAGCACAGACUAUCAAUACGACCUAGUCCGUUCUGUGUUCACCCACACUCCAGAAUAUAUAUUAAUAGACACGCCAUACCAAAUACGGAACCCUAAAAGAUUGUUUGCGCCCCUCAAGAUCAAACCAAAGAAGGAGAAAUCUCCGAAGAAAGAGCAAAAACCGCAAAAGGGGAAGAAGAAAGAAGUAGAUACGGAGGAGUACCUGGCUUUGCUCGAGCUCCGAGCAAGAGAUGAGAGACUCUGUGACGAACAAGAGGAAGCAGACCGUGAGGAGUGGCACCGCCGCAACCACAUCUUGCCCCUGGCGUUUGCAGCUGAUGAUGAGUUCUUUGACAAGUACUGGCCUCCUCCGCCACCAGAACCUGAGCCGGAGCCCGAACCGGAGCCGAAGGGCAAGAAGAAGGGGAAGAAGUAGAAACUUCUAGAGAGUAGUAGAACA